AUGGUUUCCUUGCUAUGGUUUUCUGAAGCCGUCCUCACCGUUGGAAAUCGUUUACCGACAUCGUUUGGAGAUAAUUUUGACUCAUUUGGACUAAUUCUGAAUGCCCUAGCUAUUCAGUGUCUUCUUAGCGAAGAAGUUGUCGCCGAUGUGGCACCAAUCAAGAAAGAAAUCGGGGUCAAUGUUCAGAAAAACGCCAAUGACCUCAUAGACUCAUGGGUCCUAAAAGCGAGCAACGAGGAUGUGCACGAUUUAGGUGUCGAUAAGUUGUCGGAAUGGAAUCCGGCAACUGCACGUGGUUGUGCGAACAUGCUGUUCGCUCAUAUGAUGCUGAAUGUAUAUGAUGUACUCAUCGAACAUGAGUGGAGCAGGUUUCAUGAAAAUCAGAGAGAGUCAUCUUCGAUUGAGGCAUUGAACGAUUUACGAUCUGAUCUGCUGGAUUGGGCAAUCGACCGUAUGCUUUCCUUGUCGAAGUCUUUGCUCGAUGGUUUUCAUCCACUUCAUUCCAUUUUUUGUGGAACAAACACGUUGACCUCCUCGGCAGGGCUCCUUCUUGAUUACUACACCAGUACGAACUGCGCGGAUUGGAUUGAGUCUCGCGAGCUGGCAAAUCCGAGCAAAACGAGGGCUCUGGAGGCAUAUGCGAAUAUUUUACUAUAUCUGUCAACUAAAUAUCGAAGUCAACCAAUAAAAGUGAUUCCUAUCUGGAAGCGUUCAGACCUGAAUGCAACAUUGGCAAGAGGUGAUGAGAAAACUUUAACCACAAAUGGCAGCCUUGUUCGCCACUGUCAUUUGUUUGUAACCAAACUUUUCCCGGCCAUACUAGCAGUGGAUCGCAGGGAAGGCGAGGAGAGGAGACGCAUUAGUGUGGAAUUAGAACGACAAGCUAAGCUGAUAUUCAAGAUUUGUUCUGCUUUGAUGAAAAUGAUGGAUAGUCCGAGGUGUUUCAUGACCAUGUUCAAGUUUACUAUGGGAAUGUUAGAAAAGAACGUCAUCGCGAACAACAUCACGUUGCGUGAGUUGCUGAGGUGGCUGUGUAAUCUGACCAUGAAAUGUAUGGAUUCUGAUAAUGAGGUGAAAGAAGCCCUGAACAUUGUAGCGGACAAUUUGGUGCAGGUUUUAAGUGAGGAGGGCGACGAGUGUAAAUACAAAUUCGUCGAGGACGCUUCAAAGGCAACGAUUUGCGACUUUCUGGCGUCCUUGAUUGACCGAUCACUGAUGUUGAACAACGUCAAAACUGUGCCAGAGAUGGUAGAAUGGAAGUCGUUAACUUUGCUUGGCAAGCUGCUGAAGGAAAGGUUACAAGCAAUUAUGGCAAUUGCCGAUGAGCAUGUUGGGAUUUUCAAACCUGAAGAAGCGCGGAGCUCUAGUAAGAAAAGUGUUCGAAAAGACGAAGUGACCUACGUAAAGUAUGUGCGAGCUCGUGAAGCACUUCAGAGUCGAAUUCUACUGAUGUCAGAGGCACUGAAGGAGGACCGGCUUAAUUUUCAAGUCAAGAAGAAUACGAUUGGAAUGCGUGAUUUCCGUAUAAACCUGAAGGCACUAAAAACACGUGUAGUACAGAAUGAAGACGAAAAACCAAGGAGAAAGAAAAUAAAAGCAACACAAACGAUGGGAAGAUCAGACGAACAAGAAAACGAGGAGUCGAUGAAGAACUCUGAUGAGGAAGAUGGGAUAACGGUUGGUGACGGGAAGGAUACCAGUGAGCAAAGUGUAGUCUACUGA